AAAUGCACCUCUCUCUCUCAUGAAUGCCUUUGGCUAUGCAUUUCACUCUUAAUCGCUUUGCUGCUCUCUCUCUCUCUGCAUUUCAUUCUUGUUCUUUCCUUCUCUCUCUCUUCACCAUUUGCAUUUCGUUGUGCAUAUCACACAAUCUCUUUUCUGUUUCCCUCUUACCUCAUCAACUUAUUUCCUUGUGCACAGUUGCGGAGAUCUCUCCACAGAUACAGAGCAAGAAACAGAGAAAGAUGAGCACUGUGUCUGCCAUGCCCGAAGCAUUUGAGAAGUACACUGAUUACCUCAACCAAUUGAAUGAGAAACGGGAGAGGGUAGUGAAGGCAAGCCGCGAUGUGACAAUGAACAGCAAAAAAGUAAUAUUUCAAGUUCAUAGAAUAAGUAAACAUAACAAGGAUGAAGUUUUGGAGAAAGCAGCAAAAGAUCUUGAGGCUGUGACUGAUGAAUACAUGUUACGAUUAGUAAGAGAAUUGCACGGGAGUGAUUUUUGGAAGCUUAGAAGAGCUUACUCUCCUGCGGUCCAGGAGUAUGUUGAAGCUGCAACACUAUGCGAGUUCUGUAAGACUGGGAACCUCUUGAAACUUGCUGAAAUCAAUAGGAGUUUGCUAAGGCUUAGUGAUCCAUCUCUUGAACCGUUGCAAAUAAAUAUCCUUGAUUAUCUUCUUGGGGUUGGGGACUUGACAGGGGAGCUUAUGAGGUUAGCCAUCGGCCGAAUAUCGGAUGGUGAGCUUGCAUACGCAGAGAGAAUAUGUACAUUUGUCCGUGAUAUAUACAGGAAGCUAACUCUUGUAGCCCCUCUUAUGGAUGACAACUCUGAGAUGAAGAAGAAAAUGGAAACAAUGCUUCAAAGUGUUAUGAAGAUAGAAAAUGCAUGCUUCAGUGUUCACGUUAGAGGUUCAGAAUUCAUACCAAUACUUGGAUCAAGUGAUCCAAAUUUCUCCUUCUUGGGGGUCUCAGACAUGGACUUGUGAUCAAACACAGCUUUGCAGGAAUAGUGAGCAAAGAAACAGAUUUUGGCUGAGGGUGAUGGAUUGGCUUUGGGUGUUAACGCAAAUGGUUUCUACUAGGAAAUUUAUUUCUUUAUAGGGGGGAAAUUUUAAGUCGUUGUACUUGUAUAUCACUUAAAUGGAUGAGUUAUUUUCCCGUUUAUGCUCAUAAAUGAAUUAACUAGGAAAGCAGCAUCCAUUUGCUAUGUAAUAUUGUGCAAUGAAUUUACAUUUGUGCAGAAAAAAAACAUGUAAAGGUUGUGUUUUUGCUGCAAGUUAAAAAAACAAGGAGUUGCUCUAUACCUUAAAUGUAAUUCCAACACUAGAAAUGCAGCAAAUUGACCUUGAUAGUCAUGAAUCUAGUUAAA